AUGACCCUCACCAACCCUCCCCCAACCCUCACCAUCUCCCUCCCCCAAAUCGCCCAGCUCAUCGACCACUCCCUCCUCCACCCCACCCUCUCCGACGCCGACCUCCGCGCCGGCCUCCUCCUCGCCCGGUCCUCCUCCGUCGCCUCCGCCUGCGUCAAGCCCUACGCCGUGCCCCUCGCCCGCGCCCUCCUCGCCGGCUCCCCCGUCCGCGUCUGCACCGUCGUCGGCUUCCCCCACGGCUCCUCCUCCGCCUCCGUCAAAAUCACAGAGGCCGCCGAGGCCGUCUCCUCGGGCGCCACCGAGAUCGACAUGGUCGUCAACGUCGGCAAGGCCCUCGGCGGCGACUGGGCCUACGUCGAGCACGAGGUCGAGGCCGUCAACCGCCUCGUCACCGCAAAGGGCGCCAUCCUCAAGGUCAUUUUCGAAAACGACUUUUUGCAAGACGACCACAUCGUCCGGCUUUGUCAAAUCUGCACCGACUUGGGCGUGGCUUUCGUCAAAACCAGCACGGGCUAUGGCUUCGUCAAGCAGCCCAACGGGUUUUAUAGCUACCGCGGCGCUACGCCCCAUCACCUCAAGCUCAUGAGGAAACAUGCCGGCCCAAAGGUGCAGAUCAAGGCCGCGGGCGGCGUCAGAACUCUGGAUGAGCUCAUCUAUGUCGUGUCGCUGGGAGUAACGAGAAUCGGUGCCAGCGCUACCGAGGCAAUCCUGGAAGAGGCCAGGGCGAGAGGCAUCGGUGAGGCUGAAGUUGAAGUUGAAGUCAAGGUCCCUUCAAGUCUGCAGGAUGGAACAUAUUGA